AUGAACUGGAGGCUUGUUGAGUUCCUCUACUUCCUGUUUAUAUGGGACCAUAUAAUAGUACAGCCCUCCCACCAGGAACCAGCUGUUACCAACCAACAUGUCUCCAAGGAAUUUGAUUGGCUUAUUUCAGACAGGGGGCCUUUCCACCACUCGCGGAGCUACUUAUCCUUUGUGGAAAGACAUCGUCAAGGAUUUACAACCAGAUAUAAAAUAUACAGGGAGUUUGCCCGUUGGAAGGUGAGGAACACAGCCAUCGAACGGAGGGACCUGGUCCGCAAUCCAGUGCCCCUGAUGCCUGAAUUCCAGAGGAGCAUCCGCUUGCUGGGCAGGAGACCCACCACGCAACAGUUCAUUGAUACCAUCAUCAAAAAGUACGGCACCCACAUCCUCAUCUCUGCCACCCUAGGAGGGGAGGAGGCCUUGACCAUGUACAUGGACAAAAGCCGGCUUGACAGGAAGUCAGGAAACGCCACCCAAAGCGUUGAGGCGCUGCACCAGCUUGCUUCCUCCUACUUUGUAGACCGCGAUGGCACCAUGAGGAGACUCCAUGAGAUCCAGAUCUCUACCGGAGCAAUCAAGGUAACAGAAACUCGGACUGGCCCCCUGGGCUGUAACAGCUACGACAAUCUGGACUCUGUGAGUUCUGUCCUUCUGCAAAGCACUGAGAGCAAACUCCACCUGCAAGGUCUCCAGAUCAUCUUCCCUCAGUAUUUACAAGAGAAAUUUGUCCAGUCUGCGUUGAGUUACAUCAUGUGCAAUGGAGAGGGGGAGUAUGUGUGUCGGAACAGCCAGUGCGGCUGCCGGUGUGCUGAAGAAUUCCCACAAUGCAACUGUCCCAUCACCGACAUUCAGAUCAUGGAGUACACGCUGGCAAACAUGGGCAAGUCCUGGACGGAAGCGUAUAAAGAUCUGGAGAAUUCAGAUGAGUUUAAAUCCUUCAUGAAAAGGCUACCUAACAACCACUUCCUGACCAUCGGGAGCAUCCACCAGCACUGGGGCAAUGACUGGGAUCUUCAGAACCGAUACAAACUCCUGCAGAGCUCCAUGGAAGCCCAACGGCAGAAGAUCCAACGUACUGCCCGCAAACUCUUUGGCCUCAGUGUCCGGUGCCGGCACAACCCUAACCACCAGCUACCUAGAGAAAGGACAAUACAGCAGUGGCUUACCCGGGUUCAGUCCCUGCUUUACUGCAAUGAGAAUGGGUUCUGGGGGACCUUUCUGGAGAGCCAACGGAGCUGCGUGUGCCACAGCAGCACCAGCCUGUGCCAGCGCCCCAUCCCGUGCAUCAUCGGGGGCAACAACAGCUGCGCCAUGUGUAGUCUGGCCAACAUCUCCCUCUGCGGCUCGUGCAACAAGGGCUACAAGCUGUACCGGGGCCGCUGCGAGCCGCAGAACGUGGACUCGGAGCGCAGCGAGCAGUUCAUCAGCUUUGAGACAGACUUGGAUUUCCAGGAUCUGGAGCUGAAGUAUCUGCUGCAGAAAAUGGACUCGCGCCUCUACGUGCACACCACCUUCAUCAGCAACGAGAUCCGCCUGGACACCUUCUUCGACCCCAGGUGGCGCAAGCGCAUGUCCCUCACCCUGAAGAGCAACAAGAAUCGGAUGGACUUUAUCCACAUGGUGAUCGGCAUCUCCAUGCGCAUAUGCCAGAUGCGCAACAGCAGCCUGGACCCUAUGUUCUUUGUCUACGUCAACCCCUUCAGCGGAAGCCACUCCGAGGGCUGGAACAUGCCCUUUGGGGAGUUCGGCUACCCGCGCUGGGAGAAAAUCCGCCUCCAGAACAGCCAGUGCUACAACUGGACCUUGCUGCUGGGCAACAGAUGGAAAACCUUUUUUGAGACUGUCCACAUCUACCUACGCAGCCGGACUCGGCUGCCCUCCCUGCUGCGCAAUGAGACUGGCCAAGGGCCCGUGGACCUUUCUGACCCCAGCAAGCGUCAGUUCUACAUCAAGAUCUCUGAUGUGCAGGUGUACGGCUACAGCCUGCGUUUUAAUGCCGACCUGCUGCGCAGUGCUGUGCAGCAGGUCAACCAGUCAUACACCCAAGGUGGGCAGUUCUAUUCCUCGUCCUCCGUCAUGCUCUUGCUGCUGGACAUUCGGGACCGAAUCAACAGACUGGCCCCCCCUGUGGCACCGGGUAAGCCUCAGCUGGAUCUGUUCUCCUGUAUGCUCAAGCACCGUCUGAAAUUGACCAACAGCGAGAUCAUCCGCGUGAACCAUGCACUAGACCUGUACAACACCGAGAUCCUCAAACAGUCGGACCAGAUGACAGCCAAACUCUGCUAA